UUGAACGAAGCCGUAUGUAUGCUCUAAAUUAAAAUCCUGCUUCUGCUGCUUGUCGACAUGUAGGUCAACCAAACAACUUUCCUCGUCAAGACGUUAAAGCGAGGCAACCAGGGAAGGGUCCAGGAAAUUACAUAAACUAUUCUCGACGUACGGUCCAGUCCUUAAAAUACAGACAAUGUGUAUAAGCUGGGUUGUUCUUCUUUGCCUUGUUCUUUUUCUAACACAUUCUUGUCCAGCCCUAGUCACAGCCUUGCCAGCUCCCAGAUAUCUGACUCCAAACGCUUCUACUUCAUGGACUAACAGUCUUUCCGCCCCUGAUUCUGUGAAAUUCGACGAUGGAUCAUUUGCGAGAAUCAUACUUGUAAGUGGAUCCUCCGAUGAAGUUUACGGUGCUUGUGGUUGUGGCUUCUACUGUGAACAAACGCCGUGUAACACUCAUCUCUUUGCCAUUUUCUCUCUUUCUUACCAAUCUGACCAAAUUUCGAAAUCUGAUAGUCCAAAAGUAUUGUGGUCUGCUAACCCAAGCAUUAAUGCAACGACUUUGCAGCUUACUUCAAAAAAAGGUUUGGUGUUAAAAGAUGCUAAUGGAAUUACAGUGUGGUCAACAAACAUCGGCAGCAAAUCUGUGACUGGCCUAAACUUAACCGACAUGUGCAACCUCCAGCUCUUGGAUGACAAGAGUGCAACAAUUUGGCAGUCUUAUGAUCACCCAGUUAACACGCUGUUUGUUGGGCAAAAAUUGGUGGCAGGGCAGCAACUCACUAGUCUAGGAGGAUUGUUUUCGCUCCAUGUCACCAGGCAAGGGUUUUUUGCUUAUAUCAAUUCUAUUCCCCCCCAACGCUAUUAUACUUUAGCAGUAAAUAAUAUCCGCUAUGUUCAAUUCCUGAAGGAUAGAUUAUAUAUAUUCAGCGAUGUAAGUUCAAGUUUGGUUAUUCCAUCAACAAACUUCUCAACUCGGUAUAUGAGACUAGGGGCUGACAAUGGACACUUGAAAGUGUUUGAUAUACAUUGGGGGGAGGUAUAUGAUGUUUUCAAAACUAAUAUUACAUCCUGUGGUUUCCCUAGAGUUUGCGGCCAUUAUGGUAUUUGUACAGACGGCCAGUGUACUUGUCCUAGACCUAUAAAUGCAACAAGAUAUUUUCAGCCCAUCGAAGAAAGCCAACCUGACCGUGGCUGCUCCCUGAGUACUCCCUUGUCUUGUGAUGCUUCCAAAAAUCACAUUCUUUUGGAGCUCCACAACAUCACGUACUUUCCCUUUACUCAAGACCCCCCAAGUAUAAAUCCCGACCUCCAACAUGUAAAUUUAGAUAGUUGUAAACAGGCUUGCUUAAAAAAUUGUUCAUGCAAAGCUGCUUUUUAUAAUUCGAGCAAAAGUUUAGGGAAUUGCUAUUUACUCUCCCAAAUUUUUUCACUGAUGUCCAUUGAUCAAGAUAAUACUCACCUUAAAGUAUACAUUAAAGUCCAAAAUGUUCAAAAUGUCUCAAGUUCAGAUCUUCCUAGGCAACAAAAAAACCAUAAAAAGGAUAAGCAAAUAAUAGUGGGAUCUAGCCUCGGAUCUUUGCUUGUUAUGUUUCUUUUAAUUGGAAUCUUUGCUUUACUAUUUCGGAAGAAGAAAAAUGCAAAUGAAACCGAGGAGUAUUAUUUGGAUCAUGUACCAGGGUUGCCCACAAGAUAUGCUUAUGAUGAUUUGCAAGCAAUAACAGAAAAUUUCAAUAAGGAGCUCGGUGGGGGAGGAUUUGGCACAGUUUUCGAAGGAACUCUACCUGACGGCACAAAAGUUGCAGUGAAGUGUCUUGAUGGUUUCAGACAAAUCAAGAAAUCGUUUUUGGCAGAAGUUGAGACAAUUGGCAGCAUCCAUCAUAUCAAUUUGGUGAGACUAAUUGGAUUUUGUGCUGAGAAAAAUCAUAGGCUUCUUGUUUACGAGUACAUGUCUAAUGGGUCCCUAGAUAGAUGGGUAUUUCACAAAAAUCCUGAGAUGUUGCUUGAUUGGCAGCAUAGAAAGAAGAUCGUCCUUGAAAUUGCAAGGGGACUAACUUAUUUGCAUGAGGAUUGCAGGCAGAAGAUAGUUCACUUGGAUAUAAAACCACAUAACAUCCUCUUAGACGAGAAUUUUAAUACAAAAGUCUCUGAUUUUGGGUUGUCUAAACUAGUUGACCAUGACCAAAGCCAAGUUGUGACAACUAUGAGAGGGACUCCUGGUUAUAUGGCUCCAGAAUGGUUGAGUUCAGUAAUUACAGAAAAAGUAGAUGUAUAUAGCUUUGGAGUAGUGCUCUUGGAGAUUUUGUGUGGAAGGAGAAAUUUGGAUCGCUCUCAGCCAGAGGAAGAAAUGCAUCUACUUAAUCUUUUCAGGAAAAAUAUUGAGGAGGAUCGGUUGCUAGAUUUGGUUGAUAAGUACAGUGAAGAUAUGCAAUUACAUGGAGCUGAAGUUGUGAAUAUGAUGAAGGUUGCAGCAUGGUGUUUGCAAAAUGAUUUCACAAGGAGACCUUCCAUGUCCAUGGUGGUUAAGGUCUUAGAGGGUGCUGUGAAUAUUGUAUCUGACUUAGAUUAUUUCUUCUCAAAUCCAUCUUUACCAAACAUGAGAGGUGGAGUUCAAAACCAAGAAGUACAUGUUGUUACUGCUACUCAAUUACUGCCUUCAGUUCUAUCAGGACCACGGUGACUUUUCAUUGUAUUAUCUUUAUUGCUUGAUUAAUGAGGUAAUUUUCAUUGUUUUAAUAAACUCUAUCAUCCAAUAACUAAUAUUAGUAGUUCGAAUUUGAUGGGGGUUUGAAUCUUGGUCAUUCCUGUGGCCAUUUAUUGGUA